AGAACGACCAUGAGCAUCAUAUUGUACGUAAAUUGUAUCCGAUGUCGUAAUAUCAUGGCCCGAAACCGCUCCGAGGAAAGGCGACAAUGGGACGAUGGAUGAGUGUGAAAUAGGAUAGGAUUCUAAAAUGAAGCUAUCGUGGAUCCCAAUAGUGCCCCUAUAUAAUUCCAAGAUGUAUCUCCUGGAUAGAAUAUAUCGCGACAUACAUGGUCGCCACCAGGAAUCGUGAAUAUGGACAAGCAAGCAUCAAUCCUCAUCCUAGGAGCAGGCACCUUCGGCCUAUCGACAGCCUACCAUCUAGCCAAAGCCGGAUACACCAACGUAACAGUCCUCGAGAAGUCCGCCACCUUCCCACCCAAGCUCUCCGCCGGUAAUGAUCUAAACAAGAUCCUAAGAGCCGAAUAUGAGGACCCCUUCUACGCCGAGCUAGCCCUCGAGGCCUUAACGGCGUGGAAGUCCCCCCUCUUCGCCCCGUACUACCACGAGACAGGCUAUCUCCUCUGCAACUCCGCCGCCGCCCCCGAGAAGUCCAAAAAGUCUCUCCAGAAGUCCCUCGAAUCCAUAAGCCAGCGCCCGGAAUUCAAAAACAAGAUCACGCCCGUAAACUCGCGCGACGACAUCCGCAAAGUAGCACCCGCCUUCGACGGCCCCAUGAACUGGAAAGGCUACUUCAACAGCUACGCCGGGUACGCGCACGCCGCGGACGCCAUGACGGCAGUCUACUCCGCAUGCAUCGCGCUCGGCGUGAAAAUCCACCUCAACGCUCCUGUCGAAAGCCUCACCUUCUCUUCCUCAGGAGACAUCUGCACCGGCGCCUGCACCACCACCGGCGUGUACUACACCGCCUCCACCACAAUCCUCACCCUAGGCGCCUCCCUCGGCUCCAUCCUGCCACAGAUAAAAACGCAAGUCGUCGCUAAGGCAUCGCCCGUCGCCCACAUCCAGCUCACGCCCUCCGAAGCCGCGGCGCUACGCGGCAUCCCCGUAACCUACGCGCGCGACCUCGGCUUCUUCUUCGAGCCAGACGCGCGCACCAAUUUGCUUAAGAUCUGUCCUGCGAUGGCGGGGUACACGAACUACGCGACGCCCUCGGGGCUCUCGUUACCACCCGAUGACAACGCGUUUAUCCCCGCGCGCGACGAGGCCAUGGUGCGGCGGUUAUUGCGGGAGACGUUGCCGGGGCUGGCGGAACGGCCGCUGGUGGGGAGACGGGUGUGCUGGUGUGCGGAUACGGCGGAUAGUGAGUAUGUGAUUGAUUUCGUGCCGGGGAAGAAGGGGGUGUUGGUUGUGACGGGGGAUUCGGCGCAUGCGUUUAAGAUGUUGCCGACGCUUGGG